UGAAACGCGGAACUGUCCUCUUUAUAAGCAGUAGAAUAUAAAAAGCUAAAAAAGGGGAAUUAGAAACAUCCUUCUCCUUCAAAAGACCUAAAAUACCCUUUCAAUCUUAAGCCGUCAAGAUUCCAACUUGAUUUGGGUUCUGUUUGCUGUAUUUAAAUUUUGCUUCAAGAAAGCAGUGGAAAUUGAGAAAUCAACCACUACUAUAAGGGUGGCACUUUUGAUUUGUGGGAUAGUAGCAGAUUUUGUUUUGGCAAAGAGGAGUUGAAGAUGGAGGAUUGGGAGGAUGUGCAAGUUCCACCUCUCCUUUCAAAAGAGCAGCCUAAAAAUAAAUGGGAUGAUGAAGAUGUUGAUGAAGAUGAUGUGAAAGAAUCGUGGGAGGAUGAAGAUGAACCUGCUCCGGCACCAGUAGUGAAACCUCCUCCUGAAAAGGCUCCUAAGAAAUCCGCAGCAAAGUCUACGGAAAAGAAGGGAAAAACUGUUCAGGUGCUAAAGGAAGAGAAACUAGAUCCACUAGCUGAGAAACUUCACUGGCAAAGGCUGGUGGAAGAAGCUGAUUUCAGAUCCACUACAGAACUGUUUGCUAAGAAAGGUGAUGAGAAAUCGGUUGAUAGUUUCAUACCAAAAUCUGAAAGUGACUUCUUGGAAUAUGCAGAGCUUAUUUCACAUAAGCUUCGCUCAUUUGAGAAAAGUUACCAUUAUAUCGGUUUACUUAAGGCAAUAAUGAGACUGUCCAUGACUGCCUUGAAAGCUGCAGAUGCCAAAGAAGUUUCGGCUUCUGUGAGUGCAAUUGCAAAUGAAAAGAUAAAAGCUGAGAAAGAAGCCAACGCUAGCAAAAAGAAGCAAGCUGGGAAGAAAAAACAGCUUCAUGUUGAUAAGCCUGAUGAUGACUUGGUGGUUAAUCCCUAUGAUGCUCUUGAUGACUUCGAUUUUAUGUAAUCUGUUUUGGUAAUAGGCAUUACAUUUUUGCACUCAUUGUGUUUCAUCAGAAUCACAUUUACACCAUGAUUGAUGAUUCAGUGUAUGUUGUAAACAAUGUAUUUAGAAGAAAACUUCGCGUUUUUGCCUUUGUUUUCAGCUGUCUAGUUAAAACCCUUGAAAGACAAGGACUGAAUGUCUUUAUUAUUCAUUUGUAUGGAGGUAAAAGUUGCAAUAAAUAAAGACACUGCAUGGUUCGCACAUUCA